AUGUCUGCCAUCCAAAAAGAAAAGGUUGAUCAACAACCAGAGGAGCAAAUCCACAAGAUCAGAAUCACUUUGACCUCGACCAAAGUCAAGCAAUUGGAAAACGUUUCUGCCAACAUUAUCCGUAAUGCUUCCCAAUCCAACAUUGUCAAGAAGGGACCCGUUAGAAUGCCAACCAAGGUUUUGAAAAUCACCACCAGAAAAGCUCCAAAUGGUGAGGGUUCCAAGACUUGGGAUGCUUACGAAAUGAGAAUCCACAAGAGAGUCAUUGACUUGCAAGCUCCAGCUGCCACCGUCAAGAAGAUUACUCAAAUCACCAUUGAACCUGGCGUGGAUGUCGAAGUCACCAUUGCUGCUUAA